UCCAGCAUCACCACUGCAAAGAUGGCACUUGCUCUCCGUGUGCUCUUCCUCCUUUGUGGGAUCAGUGGACUGUUGACUGGAGCUUGGUCUUUGUCUCACCAUGGAUAUGGUGGCUGCUGUCCUAGGGGCUGGAAUCAGUUGAAUGAUCACUGUUACAGCCUCAAACACGAGGCCAAGACGUUUGCAGAUGCAGCGAGUGUCUGCCAAACGCUGGGAGGGAAUUUGGUCUCCAUCCACAGUUACCUAGAAAAUCUGGUUACUGUGGGACUGCUAGAAAAGGGGGAUGCCAAGUUUGCCUGGAUUGGACUCCAUGAUCCUGCUGAGGUGAAGUAG